CUCGAACCUUCUUGGACGCAGGCAAUCAACAUGGGCGGAAUCACCGAGGCCGAGAAAGUACUUUUGUUCAGUGUCCUCGAGUUCCUGGCGCCGCUGUCGGGAAAGGAUGGCGUAGACGCGGCGAAGGUGCAAGCGGGUGUGAAAAGUCUCCAGGAAGCAUUCAACGUGAAUCCGUCGGAUGCUGCGUUGAAGCAACGCCUGGGUCUGAAGAACCAUUCCUUGCUUGAUAUCUUCACUGCGGGGUCCAAAUCGUUGCAACUCGUGACAUUGUCUGCACCUGCCGCAGAAGAUCCCGUGAUUGCUGCUAACCCUGGAUUGUGGCAAAAGUGGCUUGCGAAAUUGGAGGCCAAGGGAUUCUUCAACGGCGUCUCCCCCGGCACCUCGGAAUACGAUGAUUUGUACAAGAAAGCUCUGAGCAAGUUCAAGGAAAAGUUUGGCAGUGACAAGGCACCGCCGUCGCUCUCCAAGGAAGAGAAGGAGGCCAAGGCCGAAACGCUUAAAGCCAGCGGCAACGCCGCGUUGAGCGCCAAAGAUUACGUCAAGGCCGAACAAUUGUACUCGGAAGCAAUUGCGCUAUCCCCCGCCGGCCCCAACUCACACAUUUACCUGUCCAACUUGGCCGCGGCGCAAAUGUACCUCGAAAAGUACGACGACGUGGUCGACAACUGCGAAAAGUCGAUCGAACUCAACCCCAAGUACGUCAAGGCGUACUCGCGCCUCGGGGCCGCGUACCUGCAGCUGGAAGACAUCGACCUCGCCAUCGACGCGUUCAGUCGCGGCCUCGAAGUGGACCCGACCAACGACAUGUGCAAGUCGGGGCUGCACGACGCGCGCAACCGCCAAAGUCAUCUCCAGACACGCAAUGCACCUCCGCCGGCGGGUGGCGGUGGCAUGCCAGACUUGAGUGCAUUGGCGGGCAUGAUGGGCGGCGCGGGUGGCGGUGCCGGCGGUCUCGCGGGCCUCAUGAGCAACCCUGCGAUGCAGCAAAUGGCCGCGCAGAUGAUGCAAAACCCCCAAAUGAUGGCCAUGGCUCAAAACAUGAUGAAGGACCCGGCGGCAUUGAGUCGCAUGAUGGGUUCCAUGGGCGGCGGCGGCGGUGGCGCGCCCGACUUGAGCAGUCUGUUGACGCCCGAAGCGAUCGAGUCAUUUCGUCACAGCCCCCAGGUGAAUGCGAUGCGCGGCGACCCCGUGAUGGCCGAGUUCUUUGACGACAUGGACCAGGGUGGCCCCCAAGCGGCGAUGCGACACAUGUCCAACCCAGCCGUGGCGGCCAAGUUGCAAGGGCUGUUGAGUAACAACAUGAUGUAGUAAUACAAGUCUACUUUUACGCUUCGGUAAACUUUUGGGCGUUUUCCAAGAACGUCACAUACUCCUUCUGCUCCUUGAGGUCGGAGAAUUGCGUGAUGAAGUUGGCCAGGUCGUCGUUGAUGUGUCGGGCGUUGAGGUAGUCGGCGAACGCUUCCUGCACGUCUUCCUCGAGGUCGGCGAAGCGCGGACCUUCAUAGUCCGAGUCGUUCAGGUCGUCCGCGGUCUCCGUGUGCAUCACGCCUUCCACGGUCAACACGCUGCUCGCCACGCAGUCAAAGACCAACGCGUGGUUGUCCUUGACGAUGCGGGCCGUGAACCGAAUGCACGGCAACACGUCGUCCUCAAACUCGCCGGCGUCUUCCGCCUCGUCUUCUUCGCCUUCGUCGUAUUCGCCGCCUUCCUCGGCUACGUCAGCCACGUCUUGGCAAUUGAACUUGACGUCGAUCGCUUCGUUCUUGUACUUGCUGAGCAGCACAAUGUCCAAGUUACCCGGCGUGUCUUGGAUCUUGAAGUUGGCCAGCACCUUUUCACGGAGCGCUUCCAGCUCUUCGCCGACAAAGCAGUUGGCCUUCUCUUCCGCGAGUUCGCGGCCUAAGAGAGAUGGAAGCGCAGACGAGAACCGACGGGCGUGAUGCACAGCCGGGGACGCUUUCAGCGUGAGCAACGACAAUCGCGACAGCAUGACGAUGGACUGGUGAUGGAAUGACAAUAAAAGGUGUGGUGUGCAGUGGACGAGAAAAAUAUGUUUUCAGGUC